AGAACUCAUGUGACCAAAAUUUAGAGCUUGGCUACCUCGAUACUUAAAGCAAAAAAAUUAACACAAUGAUGACCAAUUGUAUUAUUUGCAAGAAAGCAGCAAACGAUCUUACAUUUCAUGAUAAAAGUCAUCCAUACUUUAAGCUUGUUUUAACCAAAGUUCUUCGUAAACAUGGAAAAAUUCCGAGAUUAAGAGAACUUCUAACAUGUCAUAAAUGCUCUAAAAAGCUAACUAAGAAUGUGAAACCACAAAAUGAGCAAAAUAGUCUUUCGUUUUUACUGGAUACGCCAGAAUUACUCCUGCAAAACACUCCACAAAGUCAGCCAGAAUUACUCCUGCUGAACAGUCAGUCUCAAAACAGUCAACAAAGUCAGCCAACUGUUCAGCAAAGUGCAUCACAAAUAGCUUCAUCAGAAGAGUUGGGUCAAAAUAUGGCGCCUGACGAUGCUGCUUCUGAGUCUGUUUCAAUAAAUUUUAAUUCGAACAGUUUGGAAGCCAACGUUUUGCCACCAAAUUUUGAGGAUUCUAUAAAUAGCAGCUCAUCAUCUGAACAUUUAAGCAUUGUCAUUGAAGACAUAAAUCAAAAUAGAUCACAUUCAAAUAGUGCAGCUCCAAGAAGAGUUCAAAUUGCAGGAACUGCGGGCCGAAAUACAAGACCAGUCAAAAAAAAUUUAGGAGGAUGAAAUUUAUAAUUUAAAAUCCUUCAAGAUGGCUAAACAAUUUAUUUCUUCAUACUUUACAUAAUUAGAUACCAAGAUUUCUUAUACAUUAUUUAAAUAUAUUUUUCAAUGGACAAUGAUGUCAACUUUUUCUUUAAAUAAAAAUACAAUUUGAAGACAUCAAACAAAUGCCUUUUAUUUUAUUAUUAAAUCUUCAACAGUUGAAAAUGCAAACAAGCAGAAACAACAUGACCAUAUGACAACAAACGAAAACCUUUUCGUAAUUUUAAAA